GCUCCUCGCAUACCUACCACUACCAGCAUUGUCCGUGCGCGCCAAGUGCAUCUCUUCUCUCUCCCUGCUUGUUACAUUUCUCUUUCUCUCUCUCGCAUGCAAACUCUUAUCUCCCCGGCAACCAAUCCUGCUGCAGGAGCCGUUGCAGAGAGAUCGGCGCCGGCAUUGCAAUGCCGACGGUGACAGCGACGGCGACGGCAGUGGCGGCAUUCCCACCGCACACCUCCAUCUGCUCCCUCAUCUCCUUCCUCUACCACCACCUCCGCGCGCUCCUCGCCGAUCCGACGCAGCUCCUAGCCACGCGACGCCGGUGCUUCGCGCUGCUCGCGUCUGCCCGGCGCCGUGGUUCGUCCCACUCCCACACGGCCUCGGCUGACGACGAAGACGACGACAACGCCGUCCUCGCCGCGCUCCACGGCGCCAUCGACUCGUUCCCGUCCGCCGACGCCGAAGGAGCCAGUUCUUUGCUCGACGACGUCGAGGCGGCGCUGCAGGCGCCCGCGCUGCUUCCGGAGGACGGCCGGACGGCGGGGCGGGACAACAGGCUCGUCGCGGCGUGCGCCUACUUCUACCUCGCCCUCGUGCGCGCGGCGCAGGGGGACGCGUGGCAGACGGCCACGCACUUCCUGCAGGCCGUGCUCGUCUCCCCCGCCGCGGUGUCCGCCGGCGAACUCGCGCCCCGCGUGCUCUGGGACGGGCUGUUCGACGAGGCCGUGCUGGCGCGCGCCGGCGGCGCCAGCGAGGAGGACGCGGCGCGCCGGGCGGCCAGGCGGUACAAGGACUGGCUCAUGUACUACCGGGUCGUGGCCGCCGUGCCCGACGGCGCCGGCGCCGCCGCCUCGGCCGACAGUGCCGGGUGUCUUCAGCUAGGAAAAUCUGCAAGCUCUGUCAUCCCAAGAUGGCGAAAUGUGUCCGAGGAGAGGACAAUCCAACCGGUUGGCUAUGAAGAGAAGAGCAUGGCCACUGUCUCAAACUUCUGCAGUUACGGUGGCUUCGCCGAGCUCAAGGAUUUUCUCAGCUGUGCAGAUCAAGAGUUUCAAGAAGAUACUAAGGAGAGCUCUGACAGCAGGUGCCUCCAUGAGAUACUCGAGGAGGCCCAGUCCGACUCGCCGGUCUCCUUCUACUCACAUCUUGAUUCUAGUGAAGGAAGCGAUGACGAGCAGGCAGCUCCCCAUGAGAACGGGAGAUCAGCAAAGAUUAUGCCUAUUGAUGCAGAUUUCUUGUCAUCUAAACUCCAUGAAAGAUCAUGCCACAAGAAGAGUCUAACAUGGUGCACUUCUCCCGAAAAUGCAAUGAUAUACGCUCCUGAAUCUCCACUUUACCUUGUCGACGACAGCCAGAUGCAACCAAACUACUUACAGACAAGCAGCUCGCACGGUUCACUGAAUAAUCUGUCAAAGUCGGUCUUUGAUCUGCAUAAUGCAGACUCAUACGCCGUUUCCAAGUAUUUUAACAAGGAUGACAUUGACAUGCCUCCACAAUGCACACCCAGGAAUGAUAUCAGAUGCUUCAGCAACUUCUCAACUAAAUUUAUCAAGAGAAGUGCUCUAUCCGACCUAGUCUCUCGAGGAAGCAUGAGUAGGAAAUUCAGAGCUUUCUCAAAUAGUGAUGACUGGAGCGAUAUUACCUCGCGCUGCGGUAACAGCAGUCAGGUUGAUUUCCUUGAAAGAUUCGAGAAGGCGGUAUCAAAACUGUUGGUCGCAGAUGGGCUAGAAAGCUGCCUAGAUGCCGGCUCAGAAGUCACAACUAUAUGGCAGCUGCUGAACCAUAAUUCUGAAGUGAGACACAAAUCAUCAGUGGGGCAAGACAUUCUUGAUCAACUGUUUGAUAGCAUUUCCACAGGAAAAAAGGAAAAAGUGAUCAGAGCAUCAGUAUAUGUUCUAGUGCUUAUGAUAUCUGAAGAUAGGAAUGUAAUGAGAGGCAUCAAGAGGAAAGACUUCCAUUUAACCAAUUUAGCCACUGCACUGAAGCAAGAUGUGCAUGAAGCUGCCAUUCUGAUAUAUUUGUUGGAUCCUUCACCUUCAGAGAUUAAAAACUUGGAGCUGUUACCUUCACUUCUACAUGUGGCCUGUAAUUCUACCACUCAAAAAUGGCCUACGUUGCUCCCCCUGACACCAACAUCAGCAUCAAUAGCUCUCAUUGAGAUCUUAGUGACAGCAUUCGACUAUGUAACAAAUAAUGUCCACUUGGCCACCAUCAGUUCUCCUCCUAUUCUCUCUAAGCUUGUUGAUGUUGCAAAGAAUAACAACUUGGAAGAAGGUGUGGCCCUGGCAGCCAUUCUCGUCAGGUGUGUGCGACUUGGUGGAAACUGUAAGAAGUUCUUAUCACAGGCUACUCCAGUGGAACCUUUCCUUCAUCUUCUCAGAAGAAAAGAGCAACGUGCCAAGUGUGCGGCGCUUGAAUACUUCCAUGAGAUUCUUCAGAUUCCUCGGUCUUCAGCAAAUUCUUUGCUACAAAAAAUACGACAGCUAGGAGGAAUUGCCAUUAUGCAUACACUGAUGGCCUGUCUCCAUCAAACUGAACCUGAACAUCGGGUUUUAGCAGCUAAUCUUCUCCUUCAACUGGAUAUGCUGGGAGAACCAGAUGGAAGGAGUGUUUUCAAAGACGAAGCAGUGGAGGUCCUAUUGGAGUCUCUAUCAUCUCAAGAAGAUUUGACUGUGCAGGCCCUAGCAGCAUCUUUUCUUUCAAAUCUUGGAGGGACUUAUUCCUGGUCGGGAGAAUCCUACACUGCUGCAUGGCUCUCAAAGAAAGCAGGUCUCACCUCAAUAUCGCAUAGAAAUAUGAUCAGAAACAUCGACUGGCUGGAUACUUGUCUUCAGGAUACAGAAAUAAGCCCAUGGAGCAAUAGAUUUGCACGAACAAUUGUAAGAAUAGGAGUACCAGCUAUCACUACUUUGGCAAAAGGAUUGCAAAGCACGGUGAAGGGAAUCUCACGUGACUGCCUUGUAUGUGCCGCAUGGCUUGGAAGUGAGCUGGCUUCCUUUGGUGAAAAUGAUGUAAGAUAUUUUGCUUGCGAGAUCUUGUUGCAUGACAUAGUGCGCCACCUUCAUCCGGGAUGUGAGCUUGAUGAAAAGCUUCUGGCGUGCAUGUGUGUCUAUAACUACACGUCUGGAAAAGGGAAGCAGAAGUUAAUGAGCUUACCAGAGAGUUCACGAGAAUCUCUUAGGAGGCUUUCAUCAUUCACAUGGAUGGCUGAGGAGUUACUCCAAGUUACAGAUUAUUACCUCCCCAGGAGACCAAGUGUAUCAUGUGUGCAUACACAAAUCCUAGAGAUUGGUCAACCUGGCAAUGGAGCAGCAACUGCUAUAACAUUCUUUAGAGGGCAGCUCUUUGUUGGUUAUUUCGAUGGCACCAUCAGGGCAUGGGAUAUAAAAGGCCAGCGGGCAGUAAUCAGCAGAGAGGUUAAAGAGCACAAGAAAGCAGUCACUUGUUUUGCACUAUCAGAAUCUGGAGAAAAACUCUUGAGCGGAUCUUCUGACAAAUCUAUUCGGGUAUGGAAAAUGGCACAGCGUAAGCUUGAGUGUGUUGAGGUGAUUCGAAUAAAAGAUGCUGUGCAGAAGUUUGGUAUUUAUGGUGACAAAAUAAUUGUGCUUACACAGAAAAAGGUUCUCAAGUUCUCUUGUUCAGCAAGAAGUACCCAGACAUUUUACAAGAGCAAGCAUGUAAAGUCUCUAGCUCUUUUUCAGGGCAAAGCUUACCUCGGCUGCGGAGACUUGAGUAUACAGGAACUAGAUGUAUCAGUAGAAUCGAAGAUUGAGAUAAGGGCACCUACAAGAAGCUGGAGAAUCAGUAAGCAAUCCAUUAGCUCCAUUGUAGUAUAUAAAGAUUGGAUGUACUGUGCUGGUUCUCAAGUGGAGGGAUCUGCCAUGAAGGACUGGAAAAAACGAUGCAAGCCUGCAAUGACAAUGCCAAUAUCAAAGGGAACAAACGUAGAUGCAAUGGCAGUGGUGGAGGACUUCAUCUACUUGACCUGCAAUAAAAGCCCUAGUAUCAUCCAGAUAUGGUUGAGAGAGAAGCAGCAGAAAGUUGGAAGGCUAUCUGCAGGGAGCAAGAUAACGAGCAUCUUCGCCGCAAAUGACAUCAUUUUCUGUGGAACUGAAACUGGGUUGAUUAAGGCAUGGAUCCCUUUGUGAAUGGCAGAAAAGAGACAUAACAGAACAGAACAUGGAUAAAAUUGUAAAUGCAGAGCGUGUACAAAGAACAUGGAAAUUAAGGAAGGCAUACAGUUUGGGCGUACAAGGCACUCUCCAGCGCACACAGCAUCACAUAUAGUGUUUUUCCUGCUUCGUGGUUCAUAAUGCCUCAUAUGGUCGUACCUUCACAAUGUAAAUAGUGAGUGCUCCCUCCGAUCCAUAAUAAGUGGGGUUUUAGUUCAACUAAAACCCUGACACUUAUUAUGGAUCAGAGGAAGUAUGUUUUUUCUUUGAAAGGAAUGUGCCUGUAAAUACUUGACACUGUCUCUCCCUCCUAUAUUUUCAUAAAUUCCCCUAGAGUUGUGAAACUAAAAUUGGACA